AUGACUUCUGGGAUAUACUUCUGUGAUUCCAAAGGGAAGUUGCUUCUCUCGAGGCGGUACAAAGACGACAUCCCAGCCAAUGCCAUUGAACAGUUCCCGCACCUGCUAAUUGAGAAGGAGCAGGAGUCCAGCGUUUUGCCGCCCUGCUUCAGCUUCAACGGGGUGCAGUAUCUGUUCAUCCAGCACAAUGACCUUUAUGUUCUGACUCUGACCAAAUCGAUGUCGAUCAACGUUGCGCAGGUGUUCUCGUACCUGCACAAGCUGAUCGAGGUGCUGGAGGAGUACAUGAAGGUGGUGGAGGAGGAGUCGAUCAAGGACAAUUUUGUGAUCAUCUACGAGUUGCUGGACGAAAUGAUGGAUCACGGGAUUCCGCAGAUCACGGACACCAAGAUGCUGCGCCAAUACAUCACACAAAAGUCCUUCAAGUUGAUCCGGUCGGCGAAGAAGAAGAAGAACGUGGUGCGGCCGCCGGCAACGCUAACAAAUUCGGUAAGCUGGCGACCCGAGGGGAUUGUAUAUAAGAAGAACGAAGCCUUUUUGGACGUGGUGGAAUCGAUCAACAUGCUGCUGACGCAGCAGGGGCAGGUGUUACGGUCGGAGAUUCUGGGCAAGGUGAAGGUGAAAUCCAGGUUGUCGGGCAUGCCGGACCUCAAGCUUGGGCUCAACGACAAGGGUAUCUUUGCGCAGGGAGACGACGACGACGACGAAGAGGGGGCUUCUGGUGGAACCAAAAAGAAGUCCAACAUUGAGUUGGAGGACUUGAAGUUCCACCAGUGUGUGAGACUGACCAAGUUUGAGAACGAGAAGAUAAUCACAUUCAUACCGCCCGACGGGGAUUUCGAAUUGAUGAGCUACAGGCUAUCAACACCGAUCAAGCCUUUGAUCUGGUGCGACGUGAAGCUACAGGUCCAUUCGCGCUCCAGGAUAGAGAUCCACUGCCGAGCCAAGGCCCAAAUCAAAAAGAAAUCUACCGCUAACAAUGUGGAGAUCUUGAUACCUGUCCCAGAAGACGCUGAUUCCCCUAAGUUCCGCUACUCACAUGGCACCAUCAAGUGGGUCCCCAGCCAGAAUGCUAUACUAUGGAAGAUCAAAUCUUUCCCCGGUGGUAAAGAUUACUCAAUGGCAGCUGAAAUGGGACUUCCAUCUGUCAGUGACAACUCUGAUCACAAGCUUAAGCGCCCGGUACAGAUAAAGUUCCAAAUCCCAUACUUCACUACCUCUGGUAUCCAAGUCCGUUACCUGAAAAUCAACGAGCCGAAAAUGCAGUACAACAGCUACCCAUGGGUUCGCUAUAUAACUCAGAGUGGUGAUGACUAUACAAUAAGAAUGUGA